CCUCCCACCCCUCCUCCAUCCCACCCCUCCUCUUCCCCUGCCUCUACAAACACCAAGCCAAGCCGCCCGGGAGGGAGAGAGCGGAAGAAAUAGUUAGAUCACAAACUGCCUAAUCCUGCUUGCCUUCCGGUUUCCGUGCAAUCCGCCGAGUUCUUUGUGAGAAUUGUUGCGCCGUGCGCUUGCAAUGGCAUCCACGUCGAGCUCGACGGCUGUGGAUGAGAGGGAGCGGAAGCGGAAGCGGACAUCCGGGGGAGAAUCCCCUGCGGCGGGGGCGGAGGCGCAGCCUUCCAAGUGGCAGACGCGGCGCGAGCACGAGAUCUACUCGUCGAAGCUCUUCGAGGCGCUCCGCCUUGUCCGCGCGGGGUCACCGGCGUCGUCGACGACCACCCCGGCGCGCAGCCGGCUCGUCCGGGAGGCGGCCGACCGCGCGCUCGCGGUGGCGGCCCGCGGGCGCUCGCGCUGGAGCCGCGCCAUCCUCGCCUCCCGCCGCCGCCGUCUCCAGGCCGCUCACCGCGCGCGCCUCCGCGCCCCAACCGUCCCGCCCUCGCGCCACCCCUCCGCCGCUGGCACCUCGGCCGCACCGGGCAAGGCCUCCAAGACCCCUGCGCUCGCGAGGAAGGCGAAGGUGCUCGGGCGGCUAGUGCCCGGCUGCCACAAGCUGCCGUUCCCGGCGCUCCUCAGCGAGGCGUCCGACUACAUCGCGGCGCUCGAGAUGCAGGUGCGCGCCAUGACGGCUCUGGCCGAGGUCCUGUCCAGCGUCUCCUCCUCAGCUUCAGCUUCAGCCUCCGGAAGCAGCUCCUCCUCGCCGCCCCCGGCGUGACCCAAGCUUCACGAUUCGUGUAUUCGUUCGUUGUAAAGUUUCCCCGUUUUUUCCCAUUUAAUUUUCCUCCUGGGAUUAGUUAGCCUCCUCCUCUCUCUAGUCUCCCCUGUUCUUUCUUAAGUUGGUUGAGCGGUUGGUUAGUGUUGUGGUGGUGAUAAUGAUGGCAUUCUGGUGAUUAACCCGUGCUGUAAUGCCUGUAGUAGGCACAUUCGUUUUGUUCUACUUCAUUCGCUUUCUCCUCGGGAUUAGGUUGUUUCUUUCCUUCUCCCUGGAAUUGGAUCGCAUCUCUGAUAAAUGCAUCAGGCGUCUCAUGUUUCAGAUCA